AUGGAGAAGUUCAAAUAUACUAUGAGGUUACGUGAAGCUGAGCUGCAGCAGGCGAGAGAGCGUCAGGAGUUUGAGCGUUACAAGCUGGACUUAAUCAAGGAGGGGAAGAUUCUUGAUCCCAUAGCAGUUGGGAAGGGAGAACCUGUGGCAGAGAAGGAUCCAGAUACAUUCUUCUUGCUCUUUGAGAGGUUGGCCAAGAACAGGAAGUGGAGUGAUUCUGAGCAGACCCUCCUGUUACAGAGCAGCAGGGCGAUCAUGUUUUAUCAGAGCUGUUUCAGCAGCAUCGUGUCCAGCUCCGGGCAGGUGUUGGGCCAGGCAUCCGGCCCAGAGAUCGACCGCUCGCCCUGCGUCUGGCACAUGAACAACGCCCCCACGCGGGGGUUCGAGGACGACGUGGGCCAGCGCACCACCCUGAGGGUCGUCUCCCACACCAGCGUCCCCCUGCUGCUGCAGAAGCCCCAGUACUUCUUCGGCCAGGCCAACGACACCGUCUACGUCGUGUGGGGGCCGCUGCGGAACAUGAGGAAGGACGGGAAAGGCAUUGUUUACAACAUGCUGCGCCAGGCCUCGGAGAACUACCCUCACGCUCGCAUCUACGUCACCACAGAGGACCGGAUAAACUACUGCGAUAUGGUCUUCAAGAAGGAGACGGGAAAAGACAGGAUCCAAUCUGGCUCCUACCUGAGCACCGGCUGGUUCCCACUCAUUCUCUCUAUCGACAUGUGCAAGGAAAUCCAUAUCUACGCCACAUUCAAGGUACCAGAGUUGCUGAAUGGGUGUGGGUUGGGUGAGCAGUUUGGAAGUGGAUUUGGGAUGUUCUUAGGGCGGCCGUCCAACCUUAUUGGCCACACCUGA